UCUAUAUCUUCCCUUGGUAAAUGUAAGUACACUUCCUGUGCUUUAUGUUUGGUCAACUGACCUUUUUGGUUUUUUCCAAUCAUGUUAUUCACGUUUCUAUAGUACAUGAAGUACCUGCUAGCCAGACGCGAGCCGUUAUGUGUAUUUUAUGCUCCUUCAUUUUCCGUAGUUCAACUAGAUUUGGGGUUGUUAUAAAAUUUGACUGUAGCUGGGUAAGUUUUAAGUUCGCCACAGUCUCGCAGCAAUUAACUUGUUAGUGAAGCCAAUAGCUAAGCUACUGAAUUUUUAGUGUCAUUCGGUAAAUAUGAAGUAUACACUCAAAAUUCUCGGAGAUGUUGGCUGUUGCAGAUUAUCUUGAGACUUCGAAGUUAAACUAGUGUUGUGCUUUGUCAGGGAUUAAGAUUGUACAUGAUUCUAGGAUUCUGCAGUAUGGUUUAUCUCAUUUCGUUAUGGAAAAACUUAACUUCAACACAUAUUCACGAUCCUUUCCUAGUAUUUGUAUCGUCAUUUCUUAUGUCACAUUAGUUCUGCUGAAUACCUAAGUUUACUUGACAAUAUAUGAAAUAGUCAACAUAAUACUGAUGAAAUUACACUAGUUUUGGGUUGGUUAUUAAACCUAUGAACUGAAAGAAAUCUAUAGCCCAGUGAUCACUAACGUCUAGUAAAUACUGCUUUGAGUUGUACCGUUUGGGUUAACUUGGAAAUGGGGGACAGGACAGAUCAAAUUAAAAGGAUCUGAUUUUAGAUCUAAAAUCGGUGAAACUCUAUUUUAUGGACGACCGUUGAACGUACGUUUAAGUGACCUUGAGAACAUUAGCCAAUCAGAAGAGAGUUGGUAUAAAGUAAAAAUAUAUUAUGAAAAACUGAUGAAUUACAAUGGAUAUUCUUCUUUCACAUGAUUUAGGAACUUGUUAAGGUUGGAUAAAGGUUCAGAAGUUCUGAAAUCAUAAUGCAUGCGGUAUAGGAACUCGUCCAUAUGGCUCCAUAAUAAUCGUCCUCUGGAACCAUGGUAGGGUCUUAAAAAAUACUUCAGCCUAGACCACAUGCCUUUAAUAUUGUUUGUAUGAACCCCCAUCAUUGAAUCGAGAAAAUCACGUAUAUUCACGGAAGUGUUACUUACCCAAUCUUCCUUGAUAAAACGUCCUUUGUUGUAUUUUCGCUUUCUAAUUACUGUCUCAUCUAUUUCAACUAUCUUUCCAACUCCCCCAAACGAUUCAUGUACUUGUGAUCGCGCAAAGAAAGAGCAGAUUUUUUUCUCCAACAUAUAGUACAACGAAAUACAAUAUCAUCACGGUAGUCUGCACAUCGUGCUGCAGUCAUUUGAUUACCGCAGUCACAGACACAGGAACUUCUUAAUAGUCCCGUCUGUUAUAGUCGCUCAACAAUCACCUCUUCUCUGAAAUCUGCUGUAAAACGAUCGAAUGUGAGCAUCUCGAAUCGAACUUAGCGCCGUGACCUUGAACAUCCUCAAACGCCUCUGAUUGACUCGUCCAUAAAUUAGAGUCCUACCGCAUUCUAGAGAUUUCUAGGUUACGGGGCCAACUUCAAGGCUUAAUGAUAACGUACGAUCGGUUUACAGGGAAUUUUGUACAAAACGUGAUAAUUGAGCAGCUAUAACAAAUAAAACGGCAAGUCUAUAAUUCGUGAACGAACCAACUAGGUAUACAAUAAGAGAUCUCGGGUUUUGGUGCGAAAGUCUUUCAUCCAUUUGGCUGAAUAGAUUUCUGGCAUUAUAGCUGAUGUCAGUUCGUGAUGAAAAUCCCAUCUAUAAUUCCUAACUAAAGCAAAUUAUGACAAUUAUCGCGAGCUGGCUAAUAAAAGCACCAUUAACACUACUACAAUAUAUACGGAUGUUUGGAGAGCGUACAGACUCAUACAUAGGUUUGGUUAUGCGCAUGUUGUCGUUAUCCACAAGUAGCAUUUUGUGUGCUCAACAACCGGAGUGCACAUGAACAAUAUUGAAGCUAUGUGGUCGAGGCUGAAAGGGUUUUUGGGACUUUAUCAUAGCUCCAGAGGCCGACUAUUCUGUAGCCAUAUGGAUGAUUUCCUUUACUGUAUGAAAUACGAUUUUAGAACCUAUGAACCUCUUUCCAACCUUGACAAGUUUUUGAAUCACGUAAAAGAAGUGUAUCCAAUUUAUUUCUUUGGUUUUUUAUAUAUUUUUACUCUAUACUUACUGUUUGCUGAUUGGUUAAUAUUUCUCAAGGUCACUUAAGAUUCGUCCAAAGGUCGUCCAUAAAUUAGAGUCUCGCCUAAGAUUCUUAUUCAUCUUUUUUUAUCGAAGUAUAUCUUCCCGUUUUAGAUUUUUGCUAUGCCUGACGUUGACUGAAUGCGGGUGUAAAAAAUAUUUCGUCAUACAAAUUUUGUAUCUUAUCUGGUGUUUGCUAAAAUUAUUUCAUUUUGUCUCUCUAAAGUACUUAACAUUUUAGGCUAUGCCGUAUCUAAUGGAUGAGGAAGUUUCUAGCGAUGAAUCUGUCGAAUGUGAAGAUGUGGAGAUUGAUUACAAAAAUUUGUCCAAAAGUACAACAGGACCACCAAGUUGUCCAUCUCUAGCUCAGAAAGAUUCAGCUAAAAAACCGAAAAAUCCAAGUGAUUUACAUAUGAGUAAAGGAAAGGUGUUGAAUUAUCUCCGGAUACCGAAAGCUGUUGAUUUCAUGUCUCCAGAUCUAACUGAAUAUGUUACAGAAACCCAAAGGGCAGGCCUAAUUGCACAACUUAAAGCUAAUAAAGACUAGUCUUACGAAAUUUCUUAAUUUUUUUCACAACACAUGCUUAGCCUGAACAAUAAAUGUCUUAAAGAAUAUGCUUAAAAAAUGGUACACGUUAAAUAUAAGAAUGUUUGCCUUGCCGCGUGUUAACUGAACACAUCAAAAUUCUGUAGAUCUGUCAAACCAUGUUUCUAUAUGUUCAUGGGUAUUCGAUUAGAUGAUUCAGUAUUAAACAAUGAUAUUUCCUGUUUUUUCACCACCUAUGCGAAAUAUAAAUUUUUGGAUUUCUAGUUCUCGGCUGGGUCAUUUUGGCACAAAAGUUUUCGUUAGGAUUGGGAAGCUGGUUUCGCCAUGCGUUCGGUUUUUGUUGUCAAAAUACAAGAUAUCAGG